CAGCAAGAACAGUUUAAAUUAACAAAACUCAUAAAAUAGACAAAAUGGCAAAUAAAAAGACACCCAAUCGCGGAAGACAAAAUGAAGGAAUCAAAUUUCACUGGGAUUUGACUGGCUGUACCAUUUACCAUAACAAUUCAAAUAUUUCAAUAACAGACGAACACUCUACGUAUCCAACAAAACAGUUUCACCCCAAGUUUUGAGCAGAACUUGCCGGCUGAUUGAUUGCACGAGCCAUCAAUCAGAAACGUCGGCAACAUUCAAAGCACAGCCAAGACAAACUUGUUCGUCACCCGCUGAAGGCUUUUAAAACAUGUGUGUUACCUCUUUGUAACGUAAUCGUCUUGAUAUCGUAAAGUUUCUUAAGUGGAAACAUACUGGUUGGAAAGUUAGGGCGUCUACGUUGAUAUUAAAUUUGAUCAAAACUCCUUUUUUACGCCACGUCUAAUAUACUAUUUUGCUUUUUUAAGGACAGUAUCUAUGCCUCGAGCUAGCUUCCUUGAAUUUAUUGUAAGAUUUAACAGUCCUAAAGUAAGUGCGUAUUGUGUUCAUGUUAUAUUUCAAGUUUACUCUUAAUUUAAUCUUUAAAUACUAUAAUUUUUUACAUUAAAUGAAUUAAUGGCUCUCUAAUGAAAAUGCCUACCAGCUUAUUGCUUAUUUGCAAUACAUAUUCCGGCCCUUAAGCUACUAAAUCAAAGAGGCAGUUAACGUGCAUAAAAUAUAAAAUACAAAAAAUAAAAUACGGCCAUAUUAAAAAGGAGAGCGUACAUUUAUAAAUAGAACUCCAAUAAGCCCCGAACCCCGGGUACAGGCGCGCACAUCCCUACAUUCCACCGUGGUAAGUACACUCGAGCACACAUGCUCGUUAACGAUUCUUAACAAUCCCUGUACUAAACGUUUAUUACUAGAGUUCUACAAAAUGAAGAUUUGGGAUCCGUCUGGCGGCUUGUAACCGUCUUAUUUCAAUUUACAGAACUAGCGGUUACACAAGACUUGCUUUGCUACAACUAAUUUAAUUACGACGAAAUUGAUUCGUUUAUGUUUGAGCAGCUUAAGUACUUUGACACGUGAAAAUGUAGCGUAACUAAAUAUUAAUGACUACCUGACACGUGUCUACUUCUACACCUAAAAACAGUGUGGUAUUUUAUGGGGAAAAUGAUUUUCAAACUCGGUUUAGUAGUUCUUGAGAUUACCCCAUCCAUCAAUGCACAAAGCAGAUGCAUCAAUGAAAAAAACUUGCUCUCUUUACUUUUAAAGAGGUCAUCUUCCUUUUUAUUUUUAAAAAUAAAGAUUAUGACAGCAUAGUAAAAUGACAGAUAACUUUUUAUGUAAGAAUGGUGGAGAAAUAUAAUUCUUUUAAAUUUAUAAAUCGUAAGGAAAAAUAUGGAACAAUAGCACAAAGUAACGCAAAUCUCCGGUUACCAACGACUUUGUCUCUCCAACUAUGCAGAAUUGAAGACCCAAUUCGUCCUAACCUCACACUUAAUCAUCGCUGUAGAGAAACUCUGCAAAAACCUUUCAAAAUCCUCUUAUUAACGUUUUCCUCUUAUAUAUAUUUCUAUUUUCAGCUUUUAGAAUUAGACUGGUGGGUCUACCUGAUUAUAGUUUUAAGCUUGUUCGCCAUCUGUUUGGGCCUCAAUUAUGUACUGAAGAAAGUUAAUGAAGCAAAGCUCGAUGGGAGGUUUAUUAGAAUGCGUCAAAAGGCGUCAGCAACGCAAUCUACACAAGUCCAAGGGCCUCAAAUCGAAAUGGAAACAGCCAGGCCACUGGUUAUCCAAAACUAUUCUGAGAGAUUAUCCACCCCACCAGGCAUCUCACUUGUAUUCAAUCAAGAAGAGAACUUAAAGUGCAACCGAAGAAUGAGGGACUUAGAAGAAACUUACAAUAUUAUUAAAAAUUCAUUAAGUGCAACAAAACAGGAAGUACAAUCGUUAAAAAUGAUACAUUCACACGACACUCACGGGUCUUCGUCCCUUGCCCUUAAUUUAAGUGGCAUUAGAAAAAAAGAACCUACGAGAAAAGAAAAUAUUUCCAUGGGUCCAUCAAUAUUAGAUUCAAAGCCUAAUAAUUCUGUUGGUAUGUCACCGGGUGAUAAAAGAAUGAAGGAGUUGGAAGAAACCUAUAAUAUAAUUAAAAGUUCGUUAACAGCGACGAAACAAGAAGUGCAAUCAAUAAUAAAUGCUCCGUCACUUAACACUCGCGGGUCUUCGUCGCUUACUCUAGACUUCUGUAGCAUAUUAAACAAAGAAUCUUUUAGAAUCAAGCCAACUAGCUCAAUUUUACCGGAUACUUCAACUAAAGAUUCAAAGCCCAAUAGUUCUACCGAAAAAUCUUCGGAAGACAGCACAGGAACCCAGUAAAUAAUGCCAGCCUAUAAAUGACUAAAGGCCAGGUGGUAAGGUACUUUUGUUGAAAAAAAAAAUAUGGCAACAAGAUGAGCUUAUAAUGACGUUAAAGGAUUAUUUAUUUAAGUGUAUAUUGAAACUAUUAGUUAUUCCUCGUGCCAUAACUUUACUACCUUAGCGCAACUAUGUAAAUAAAUAUAAACUUUUUAAAAGAA